GCUCAUGUGUCAAUCAUCCAGCAGUGGGGCAGGGUUCCUUCGGCUUCCACCGUAAGCAUGUUAGUAUUGAAUGAGCUUCAGUGUUUGUCUCGGUUUGACAAGUUUCCCAGGUUUAUUAUGGUGGCAGGAGUGAGUCGAUAGUUGACACAUGAGUGGAAAAAAAGUUAAUUUAAUAUAAUUUGCAGGUCGAGUUGGAAUCCGGUGUUUGGUCAAAUGUAGGGACUUAAAGGUACCAAUUUUUCCUAUAAUAAGAAGUCAAGUUUACGCUAGAGAAGCUGAGUUACAACCGUAGAGAUGAAUCGCCUAUCGUUUGAUGAUGCUUCGUUGGAUAACCUGGAUCCCACGCUGUCGCUUAACGAUCCCAGCGAUAUUGACACGGCCCUCCUUAACGAUAUUGAUGACAUGCUACAGCUUAUCAACAACCAGGAAAUGGAGUUUGGAGGACUCUUUGACACCCACCCUUUCCCUGGGGGGACUCCCAGCCAGGAGGUUUCUGGUUUGUCCCAAACCAUAACCUCCACUGCCCCUCCAGCCACCACUACCACACCUGCCUCAUCCACUUCCUCCAUCCUGAGCAGUAACCCCCACCUGGACGCUCUUCUGGGCCCUCCCAUCACGCGGAGCUCUUCCACCCCAGACAAGGCCUUCCAGCCUCCCACUUUCCAACAAUCCCCCUUGGCCCAGGUGCCCAGCCCGUCUCAGAGGCAGCAGCAGCAGCCGCCAUCCUCUCCACAACAAGCUCAGAGCCUCAAGCAGCCUCAAGUGGAACAGCCCCAAGCGGUCGUCUGUCCAUCCACCCCUGCUCAGGCAGCGUCGCCUGGUCCAAAUCCAGUGCUCAGCUCCUCGCCACAGGCUAUCUACGCCUCUCAAUCUCCACCUGCAACUCAGACUCCUCUGCAGCCCCAGACGUCGUCUCAAAACCAGGCCAUCUACAAGAACCAGAAUAACUACACAGCUGCAAGUCCAGUCAGUGUGAGCCCACCUGCUGCAGUUUUGUCAUCCUCACCCCCGACCGUCCAAUCAAUGACCAUUCAGACCCAGCUCCAUGGACUUACCCCCGCCUCUCCUCUGCUGACCACCUCAACAAGCCCCCCAACUCAAGCGAUCGCGCCCCAAGUGCAGCAACUCCCUGUGCUUCUGCAGCCCCAGUUCAUCAAAGCAGAGUCUGUUCUGCUCACCACCCUGAAGCCUGACCCCUGCAUGGUCACAACCGUGGCCUCUCCCACCUCCCUCGCUACCACCACCAGCUCAGUGCAGAGCACUGCGCUGCAGGCCUUUGUGGGUGGGGGCACUAUACUGACAACAGUGCCGGUGAUGAUGGACACCGAGAAGCUGCCCAUCAACCGCAUCGCCAUCGCUGGGAAGCCAUUGGGGUAUCCACACAAAGGGGAAAAGCGCACGGCGCACAACGCUAUCGAGAAGCGCUACCGCUCCUCCAUCAAUGAUAAAAUAGUGGAGCUUAAAGAUUUGGUGGCUGGCACUGAAGCUAAGCUUAACAAGUCUGCAGUUCUGAAGAAAGCGAUUGACUACAUCCGCUACCUGCAGCAGUCUAACCAGAAACUCAAGCAGGAGAACAUGGCUCUAAAAAUGGCAGCCCAGAAAAACAAGUCUCUCAAGGACCUUGUUGCUAUGGAGGUAGAUGGACAGACGGAGGUGAAAAAUGAGCUUCCCACCCCGCCGGCCUCUGAUGUGGGCUCCCCGACCUCUUUCUCACACUGUGGCAGUGACUCAGAGCCUGACAGUCCAAUGGGGGAGGACACCAAGCCAAACGUCGGCAUGCUGGAUCAGACCGCGGCUGGCGGCGGCGCUGGCGGCAUGCUGGAUCGCUCCCGCAUGGCUCUGUGCGCCUUCACCUUGCUCUUCCUCUCCCUCAACCCGCUGGCGUCUCUGCUCUGCUCGUCCAGCAGCAGCAGCGCCGCUGGAAGCAACGGAGACGUCGGCGCUCGAUACUCGGGCAGGAAUGUUCUGGGUGUGGAUAUUCCAGCUGACUCGUGGAGUUGGAUGGACUGGAUGCUCCCUACUAUUCUGGUGUGGCUGGUUAAUGGCAUUCUGGUGUCAGGAGUUCUGAUCAGACUGUUGGUAUACGGAGAACCCGUUACCAGACCUCACUCUGGAUCAUCCGUCUUGUUCUGGAGGCAUCGCAAACAGGCAGAUCUGGACCUUGCUAGGGGAGAUUUUGCUCAGGCCAGUCACAACCUGCGAACGUGUUUGAAGGCUCUCGGCCGUCCUCUGCCCACCUCCCAGCUGGAUUUAACCUGCGCAGCUCUCUGGUCUCUGCUAAGAUUUUGCCUCCAGCGCCUCUGGGUCGGCCGCUGGCUGGCUGCUCGGGCUGGGGGCCUGCGAUCUGAUCGCCCCCUACAGGAGGAUGCUUGCAAAAGCAGUCGAGACGCCGCUCUGGUUUACCACCGCCUGCACCAACUUCACAUGACAGGUAAACUGAACGGUAGCCACCUGUCAGCGAUGCACAUGGCCUUAAGUGCGGUGAACUUGUCUGAGUGCGCCGGCUCGUGUCUGCCUGUCGGCACCCUGGCUGAGGUCUACGUCUCUGCAGCUCUGCGGGCCAAAGCCAGCUUGCCAAGAGUUCUGCAUUUCACCUCUCGUGUGUUCCUGAGCAGCGCCCGCCAAGCGUGCCUGUCCUCCAGCGGCAGCGUUCCCCCCGCCAUGCAGUGGCUUUGCCACCCGCUCGGCCACCGCUUCUUUGUGGACGGGGACUGGGCCAUCCGCAGCACCCCGAAGGAGAGCAUUUACAGCCAAGCUGGGAACACUGUGGACCCUUUGGCUCAGGUGACGCAGGCGUUCAGAGAACACCUCCUUGAGAAAGCUCUUUACUGUGUGGCUCAGCCAGAUGAGGAGAAAAGUCCCGGCCAGGAAAAGGGGGAGUAUGCCGAUGCUCUGGAGUAUCUCCAGCUGCUUGUGAGCGCAUCAGACGCGGCCGGCGCCAACUGCCAGUCUUUUGCGAUUGGCUCCAACAUGGCGACUGUGACUGGUUGUGACCCUCACUCCAAGUGGUGGUCCUCGGUGGCUGUAGUCAUCAUAAACUGGCUCCAAGGUGACGAUGCUGCAGCAGAAAGGCUUUAUCCCACCGUUGAGCAUUUGCCCCGCAGUUUGCAGAACGCAGAGAGUCUGCUGCCCAAAGCUUGUCUGAAUACAUUCCGAGCGGUCCGAGCUCUUCUCUCCAAACCCGAAAACUGUCAGCAGAGCUUGUGCUACAUUGACAAGGCCAGCGUUCUGCUCCGAGACAGCCUCAACUUAGGACCGCACUGCCACAGCUCUAAUUUAGACAAGGUUACAGAGUUGCUGAUUUGCGACCUUUUGCUGGUUUUGAGGACAAACGUCUGGCACGAGCAGCACAAGAGCACGAGUCCUGUGGGGCCAGGGUCGGUGGGCAGCAGCGCCCCCUCAGGACUUCAUCAGGCCUCUCCACCGGAGCUCCAAGGCUUUCAGCAAGACCUCAGCUCCCUGCGCAAGCUGGCACACACUUUCAAGCCUGCAAUGCGAAGACUGUUUCUCCAUGAAGCCACAGCCAGACUGAUGGCGGGAGCCAGUCCCACCAGAACUCAUCAACUUUUGGACCGCUCGCUGCGGCGCAGGGUCACACCUGGAGCCAAAACGGAGGAGUGUGAGAUGCGGCCCGGCCAGCGGGAGCAGGCAGAAGCUGUGAUGUUGGCGUGCCGCUACCUCCCUUCCUCCUUCCUGUCAGCUCCGGGCCAAAGGAUGGGCAUGCUAGCCGACGCCGCUCGGACCCUGGAGAAGCUCGGAGACAAGAGGACCCUCCACGACUGCCAGCAGAUGAUCAUAAAACUGGGAAGCGGCACCACCGUCACCAACAGCUAGAGGAAAGGGGGUUGGGGGGGCUUGGAUGGACGCUGUACAUACAAAGAUGUGAUGUUUAUAGGAGGUGGAAAACACACUCAGAAACCAUACAGUUUCAUGCAGCUACUGAAAGAUUUUUUACUGUACAGAUUCACAUCAUGGAUUGUUCCAUCUCGGCACCAAAUCAGAGAGCACUUCCAGGGUUCACUUUUUCCCCCCUUUUUUUUAUUUUACUAUGAGUAUUAUCAAAAAAUGUGAAACCUUUCUUUUUUCUUAUAUUGAGCUCUUGUGAGUGAUUGCAGUGCUGCAGUUUGACCACAAAGAGGCGCCACCACAUCCCUGAGGUGGAUGCACUGGUGUGUGUGAAAGCAGAGAGAGAUUCUGCAUUCUGUGUGUGUGUCCCCACACCCACCCACCCACCCAGCCUGCUUGGCAGGGAUGCACCUUCCACAGGGAGCACGGCUUGCUGUGUGGGAGUGGCAGGCUGAACCGACUGGUGAGGUGUCUCUUUGUUCGUGGGAGGAAAAACAAAAAAAAUAAAAAAUAAAAAAAACCCCGACCAAACUGUUUGGUCCCGACAUGGGCUUGUACGGUGGGGAUUCACUCCACAUGCUGUUCAAAGACUUUAAUAAGUCCUCAGUGAUGAUGUAAAAAAACAAGGUGACCCAUUGCCUAAGCCCCAUGACUCUGUCUGCACUAGGCCUGUCAGGCUGCUUUUAAUACGCUUUAUAAAGUUAUUUUCUCUUACGUUUGUUUUGCUGUGUACAUAUUUUACUAUGUAUUUAUAAUCCACAUCAACUUUGAUUAAGUAAUAUUUUGCAGAAGCUGAGUGAUAAAUGCUUAUUCUUGUGGGAUCUUAGUUAGUUCUGGUCCAAUAGUUUGACUUUCAGGUGACGCCAUCAACUCUUGACGACCACAGCGUCUGACUCAUUUGACCUUCAGAGCUGUCGGAACGCCGUUUGCUGGUGUUAAAAAAACACAGAAGUGGAGAAAGGAAAUCUUUGAAACCUGCAGCACGAAAGUUCAAAUGUGAAUGUCAGUAACCUUGUUUUCCCCAGAAGAGGUUGACUGUGGAUUUUCUCUAUUUUCUUCUCAUUUACUCCAGAAAUAAAUCUAAAAACAUGCUCUUUCAAUCAGUUUACUAUCAUGUUUUGUUAAGACUACGUAUACAAAAAAUUUCUUAUUUCAGGACCACAAUGUUUUUUUUUUAUAUGUAGCACAUCAUAAACUGACAUAAAAACACGGUUGUGACUUUAAUUACUGGAUGUCCUGUAACUUAAAUCCUUUCUUGUUUGCUUUCAUGCUCCCGUUCUGUAAAUAUUAAAUCAUUUUGUAAAGAAGGUUGAAA